AUUUCAUUUUGCAGAGGGCUUGUUAAAAAUGAAAGAAGCAAUCUGAUUGGUUGCUAUGGGCAACUCUUCCUCUGGCCGGGUCUUGAUAAAUCUCCCCCAUUAAGGCUAAGUUUCCACUUGGUAUUUUUUCUGGCACUUUUUGGAAAAUUGCUACUGCAGUUUUUGAGCCAAAGCCAGAAUUGAUUUAGUUGCGGACAUAUCUGCUAUUUUAAGUCGACUCAUAACGGGGGAUGUAGCAUUUUCAAAAUAGCGCAUCUGUCCAGAAAACACCAUAGAAGUGAAUGGUUUCCACUGCUCCUUUAACAGUAUACGUCGGCAUCCUAUUUUUGGCGGGAUGCAGAUCGUUACGAUUAACUGGGGUGUGAUCGUACCCUGAAGCAGGUCAUACACGAGAUAAUGGUCUCCUGAUUUUGUCCAUUUCCACCAAUCAUUGCCUGUAAAGUACAAGCGAACAAUUAUUGGCCGGUGACAAAUAGCUGCUGAACAUGUGACCAGUUACAUUGGAUUUUAUAGCUGUUGUCAGCUGAGAACUCAAUCUGCCAAAUGUUCCCAUCAUUGGCCACUUUCUACAAACUUCAGAUUUUUUUUUGGGCUAAUGAAAUAGUUUGCAUAAAGGAUCCCAUGUCUAAAUAAAGCAGUGGAGAGGAUUAUCAUACCUUGUGGUGCCGUCGCAUAUAUUAGCUGGUUAUUUUGCGGUUUACAUUUUUCCAAAGGCUUUUGCAAAAUGCAAAGUUGAAUCUGAUUUGUUGCGAAGGGCAAUGACUCUACUUUUCCUAUGUUUUAAAAUGCAAAAAAAAAUGCAGCAAAACAGCAUUUGUAAACCAAGCCUGAAAAGUCAAUGACAAGUCUUUGUUACAUUACCUGAUAGAAGUUCAGUCUAGAGGAGCCAUUGAUGCCAAUUGUCUCCGCCGCCUGCUGGAGAGGUGCAUCUUAUUCCCAAACAAGAAAGGGUUUUCUUAUUCCCUCAGCUGAGCUCUACUCCCAUUGUUGGCAAGUCAUAUAGAGGGAACAUGCCCUACAAAUACUUCUGUGUAGAUGUGCCCUAUUGUGUAAAGAAAAAAAUUAAAAAGUGGUCUUAUGGGUAAUGACGUAUUACGAAAACAUUUGGGCCAUUUGCCUGUGACUUCAUUGCAGUUUGUUAGUAAAAAAUAUCUAAAUCACAGAGAAGUUCCAGCAGGUUGCAGUUGCAGGCGACUUGCAUUGAGGCCUCUGCCGGUAAAGUCAUGUGUGACCUGUUGGGACCAUAAAUGGGAUUUGGGGUUGUUGCAUCUGGACCACAUUCAUUUUACACAGCAACCAAAGUCACAAUGUAGGCCUUGCCUGCCGCAUUGUAUUUUUGGGAUAUUUCUAUGUUAAUCCAAACUCUAAACUUCAGCAGCCACAUCCCCUCCACACCCAGCUUGUCAAUCAGACCAAACACUAUUUAAGGAAGCACCUGGGCUGUGCUGGUGGCCAAACAUUAUGGCUAGCUUCACAGAAGAGGCAAUGGAUAACUACAUGUAUUCAGCGUACAAUCCUUACUCCUAUAGAUAUCUGAAUCCUAAGAAUAAAGGGAUGAGCUGGAGGCAGAGGAACUACCUCUCCAACUAUGGGGACACUGGAGAAUAUUUUGAUAACUACCAAAGAGCUCAGUUGAAGGCGAUCUUGUCUCAGGUAAACCCCAACCUUACCCCAAGGCUGAGAAAAGCAAAUACCAGAGAUGUUGGCAUCCAGGUAAAUCCCCGGCAGGACGCAUCUGUCCAGUGCUCUUUGGGCCCUAGAACUCUAGUGAGGAGGAGGCCUGGAGUGCUCCGAAAACCUCCGCAGGAUCUUCCAGACCAGGGAAGUCCUGCAUCCCCCACUAAGACCGUACGCUUCCCAAGAACCAUAGCUGUAUACUCCCCUGUUGUCGCUGGGAGACUGGCAACUUUUCAGGAAGAGAAUCAAGACUCCCCAAAAACUACUGAGGAGGCUGCAAAACACGAGCCCGCUGAAAGUGUGAGCGAUAAAGAGCAUAAAACCGAUGCUGAAACCGAGGACGCCAAAAGUGAGGGUGAGGCCCAAUCUACCCCAUCAGCUGGCCAGACAAGACUACGAUUCCAGUUCCUGGAACAGAAGUAUGGCUAUUACCACUGUAAAGACUGCAACAUUCGCUGGGAAAGUGCCUAUGUAUGGUGCGUGCAGGGCACCAAUAAGGUCUACUUUAAGCAGUUCUGCAGAACUUGUCAGAAAUCCUUUAAUCCUUACCGUGUGGAGGAUAUCAUGUGUCAGAGCUGCAAACAAACAAGGUGCAUCUGUCCUGUGAAACUGCGUCAUGUAGACCCGAAAAGACCCCACCGCCAGGACCUGUGUGGGAGAUGCAAGGGCAAGAGGCUCUCCUGUGAUAGCACCUUCAGUUUCAAGUAUAUCAUUUAAUCCAGACACGUUCCGUCUACUCCUUACCUACUGUCAAGCCGGAUUAUGUACUUUUUUUUUCUUUUCUUUUUGGAGUAGCUAAAGAGGUCAUUAUAUAAAACACUCUUGACAGCAUGUCCAUCAGUAUACUGAAUAAAAUA